AUGGGAGUGACUGCAGAUCUAAACAUGCGGAAAGGCAUCCGGGUCGUGCUCAACCCAACACAAGAGUAUUUCGAUCAGUUCCAGGAGUGGAUCUCGGAGACGGAACGCUGGAAUUAUCGACGCGGAGAAUACAAACUCUGGUGCACUGCAUUCGAGAAAUUCUGGCUGUAUAUGGCAAUUGAUGAGGAGAACGAUGAGGUGGUCAGUGUUGUUUCAUUAGCACUUCAACGUAAUUCGGAAGGCAAGAUGCUGUAUUCGAUCGGAAAUUACUACUGCGUGCCGGAAUGGAGGGGAAAAGGAAUCAGUAACAAACUGUUUGUACAGGUCAUGAAACAUGUAGGAAAAGAGAAUUGUACAUUGUUUGGAGCCGUCGAGAUGUCCCCUCUCUACGCAUCACGCUUUAACUUUUCCAUCAUGAACGAAUUCUGGCACAACUUUGCUGAUAUGGAUGCAGCCGAUCUUGUCAUUCCAGCGAUGCCAAACGGGUUUACUUGCAAGAAAAUCGAAGAAAACGACUGGGAGAAAUUCCACGAGUACGACGAAACGAUCUGUGAUCUCGAUCGCAGAAAGUAUAUGAAAACCACAAUGACUUUGGCGGCAACUGUAUCUCGCCUUGUCCUUAACGAAUCCGGAAAGAUCGUCGGAUUCGGAUCCAUCAAAAUGGCUUUUGGAAACGAGCUCAUCCUUGCUCCAUUGUAUGCUGAAUCCCUUGAUGCUGCAACUGCUUUGGUAGCCUCCAUGAUGAAAGGAAUUCCGAAUCUCCUCUCGUUUACAAGUCUAAUUACGAUCUACCCAGCCGCCAACAAUGACGUGCCACGCUUGUUAUCGUUAAUAAGUAAUAACAACUUCGAUACCCAUCAAGCGUAUCGUCAUCAAUUCACCAAGGAAAUGAUGCACUUCCCACAACAUAAAAUCUACGGAACCGACGAAGUCUCCCACAGUCCAUGCUAA